UCUCUACAGGUAAAAGGUUUGAAAAAGACAAUUUAUUAUUAUUAUUAUUAUAAUACAUAAAGAAAAAGCUUGAUGGAAGGAAACUAUGUGAAUAGAAACACUAGUCAUCAUGAAAACUUGGGUUUUGAAGAGCACUCAUGGGGAACUUCAUGGCCAGCAAGAAACUAUUCUUGUAGCUUUUGCAAAAGAGAGUUUAGGUCAGCUCAAGCUUUAGGUGGACAUAUGAAUGUUCAUAGAAGAGAUAGGGCAAGAUUGAGAUCAUCCUUAAUAUCUUCAUCAUCAUCAUCAUGGAAUAAUAUUUCUGAUCAAUGCCCUAAUAACAAUAUUAAACCUAACCCUACCAACACUACAACUACUUCUCUUCUUCUUUCAUCACCUUCUCCUUUAUCUAAUGAUCUUUUGAUGAAUUGUUCACAUCCUUCAUCUUCUUCAUCUUCACUUUUUCUCACUUUAUCUUCUUCACCUUCAUUAGCUCCUAAUAAUCCCUUUUAUGAAAAGAAACCAAGACUCACUACACCUUCUUUAUCUCUUCCUCUUUUGAGUCCUCAAAGAAGUGAAAUUAUGAUGAUGAGUAAGAGCUCAAGGAGGAGUACUACUACUUUAGGUGUUGAAGAAAUGAAGGGCUAUGAAAAAGAGGUGAAGAUGAACAAUGUUUUCAUGAAUAAUGAACAAAACAUUACUUUGGAGUUAGGAAUAGGCUUGUUUAAACAUCAACAAGAAGAGAAGUUAGAUUUGGAGCUUCGACUUUAGCUAGCUAUAUAUCUAACCAGGUGCAAUUUAUGUUCAAACUAAUAUACACUACUAAAAAAAAAACAUAAAUUAA